AGGCUUCUGUUGCUAGGCACGCGUUGCGUGCCCUGCGUGCGGUGCGCGUCGGCAGAAGCGGGAAGUGCGAGUUGAGGCGUCAUGGCGCGAGUGUGGCAGCAGCCGUUCCUCAACGUCUUCAGACACUUCAAGGUGGACGAGUGGAAGCGCUCCACUAAGGAGGGCGACGUGGCCGCCGUGACGGACAAGACUCUCAAGUGCACCGUGUACCGCGUGCGGGGCUCUGUCUCUGCGAGCAACUACAUCCAGCUCCCCAAAACCAGCACCCAGUCCCUGGGGCUGAACGGACGGUACCUGUACGUGCUCUUUCGGCCACUGCCUGCCAAGCAUUUCGUCAUUCACCUGGAUGUGUCCACUGAGGACAGCCAGGUCAUCCGAGUUUCCUUCUCCAACCUCUUCAAGGAGUUCAAGUCCACAGCUACGUGGCUUCAGUUCCCUUUCAUUUGUGAGGCUGGGACACCCAGGGAAGGUGUGGCCUUCCCUGGUGCCCGCUGGACCUGCCUGCAGCUUGACCUGCACGACAUCCUGCUGGUCUACCUGCAUCGAUGCUACAGUCAUCUGAAGGGCGUCAGGCUGUGUGCCAGCAUGCUGGUCCGGAGCCUCUACACCAGUGACCUGAGCUUCGACCCUGCCAUCACUGUUGCUGAAGCCCGACGCGCAAAACUGCCUGUCACCCCCAUACCUCGAGAAAUGGCUUUCCCGGUGCCAAAGGGGGAGAGCUGGCACGAUCGCUACGUCCACAUCCGGUUUCCGAGCGGCAGCUCGCACGCGCCCUCCGAGCUGGUGCAGAAGAGCGGUUUCCCUCCUGAGGCAGCGGGGCAUGUACCGCGGCUGCUCCCUUCCCCAGCAGCCUGCAGCAAACCUGCGCGGGACCCCAGGACCCUCGUGGUCCAGAAGCAUGACCCCACAGCCUCCCGCUGGGCCCCUGCCAUGCCCAGGCCCCUUCCGGAGGUCCGCGUGUCCUGUGAGCGCUCAGAGGUCUCCAGUGUGGCUGGCCCUGGUGACUGUAGCCAGGAGCCCUCGGCCUGGGUGGAGACCACUGACGAGCAUGCAGCCAGUGACGGCCUUCACGUGUUUGCCCAUCAGGCAACGGAGCCCAUGGCCCCAGAGGAUGCAGCUCCAAAUGAGAGCUUCCUCCCAGAUCCGAUCCUGAGGCUCAAGGGGGUCAUCGGCUUUGGGGGUCAUAGCACCAAAUGGGCCCUGUGGACCCCGGAUGGGGCUGCUGUUGUGUACCCUUGCCACGCGAUCAUCGUCGUCCUGCAUGUCGAAACCCGGGAGCAGCGUCUCUUCCUUGGCCAUACAGAGAAGGUCUCUGCUCUGGCGCUGGACGGGAGCGGCUCGCUGCUGGCCUCUGCCCAGGCCUGGCCCCACAGCAUGCUGCGUCUCUGGGACUUCCAGACAGGGAGCUGCCUGGCCCUCUUCCGGAGCCCGGUCCACACCAUCUGUUCCCUCCGCUUCUCCAACAGCGGGGAGCUGCUCUUCGGCGUCGGCAAGGACCGCCAUGGGCGGACGACGGUGCUGGUGUGGGGCAUGGCCCAGCUGGGGAGAGGCGGAGAGGCUAUCAUCCUUGCGAAGGCGCACAGUGACGCUGAUGUCCAGGCGUUCCAGGUGGCCUUCUUUGACGAAGCCAGGAUGGCGUCGUGCGGGCGGGGCAGUGUGCGGCUGUGGCGGCUCCGAGGUGGGGCGCUGCGCUCCUGCGCUGUGGACCUGGGGGAGCAUCAUGCGCUGGAGUUCACUGACCUGGCCUUUGGGCCAGCCCAGGAUGGCCACACUCUGUAAGCACCCCACCCCCCGCCCUCUUCCCUGAAGGCCUGGCGCCCCGCCCGUGGUGCCCACAGCCCUCACCUGCUGCUCCCUGGCAGCUAUGUGUGCAGCCGCAGCGGCCACAUCCUGGAGAUCGACCACCAGCGCAUGGCCGUGAGGCAUGCUCGCCGUCUCCUGCCCUUGCAGAACCCCUGUGACCCCCUCGCACAGAAGCAGACCUUCAGUUUGAGCCCCGGCAUCGCCAUCAGCAGCCUCAGCGUCUCCCAGUCGGCGUGCGCUGUGGGCUCCGAGGAUGGCUACCUGCGCCUCUGGCCGCUGGACUUCUCCUCCGUUCUCCUGGAGGCAGAGCACGAGGGCCCCGUCACCUCCGUCCGCGUCAGCCCCGGCGGCCUGCGUGUGCUGUCCACCACCUCCUCGGGCCACCUGGGCUUCCUGGACGUCCCCUCGCAGGUGUACAGCGUGCUGGUGCGCUCGCACACCGCCCCGGUGCUGGCCCUUGCCACCGAACGCAGCCGGGGACAGCUGGCCACCGUGUCCCAGGACCACACUGUGCGCGUCUGGGGCCUGGCGACCCUGCAGCAGCUGUAUGACUUCGCGUCGCCCGAGGAGGCCCCGUGUGCUGUUGCCUUCCACCCCACGCAGCCGACCUUCUUCUGUGGCUUCAGCAGCGGGGCUGUCCGCUCCUUUAGCCUGGAAGCCGCCGAGGUCCUGGUGGAACAUAGGUGUCACCGAGGAGCCAUCACCGGCCUGGCCACCAGCCCCGACGGUCGCUUCCUGUUCAGCACCUGCUCCCGGGGCACCCUGGCCCAGUACCACAGUGGCGCGCCCCGGUGCCGCGUCCUGCGAGUGGCAGCUAACGUGGUGUGCCAGGAGGCCUGCCCCAGCUCCAGCGUCCUGGUGGUCAGUGGGGACAGCCGCCUCCUGGCCUUCGUGGGUCCCUGCAAGUACACGGUGAGCGUUGUGGACGCAGCCUCGCUGGAUGAGCUUCUGAGGGUUGACAUCAGCACCCUGGACCUGGCUGGCAGCUGCCUGGACUCGCCUGUGGCCCUCUGCUUUGGCCCCUCACCCCCCGGCCACCUGCUGGUGUCCACCUCCUCAAACACGAUCGCCGUGCUGGACGCCAGAUCAGGCUGUGUGGUCCGGGAGCUGUCCUGUGGCCGCCCUGCGGCCUGCGCCUCCCUGGCCCUCAGCGCGGACGGGCGCUUUCUGCUCACAGCCGCUGAGCGGGCUGUCAGGCUGUGGGACUACGCGGUGCAGGCCGGCCCCAGCUGCCAGGUGUACAUUGGCCACUCGGAGCCAGUGCGGGCCGUGGCCUUCACCCCCGACCAGCAGCAGCUCCUCAGCGUGGGAGAUGCCAUCUUCCUCUGGGACAUUCUGGUUCCCCGUGAGGGGCGCUCCCCAGAAAGUGUCCAGGGUGCUCCCGGGGCCCCCCUGACCUGCGAAGCAGGCCCAGAUUCAGAACAGCUGGAGGGCAUGGCAUCCGGGGCCAGAGGGCCCCUCCAGCAGGUGUCCAUGUCACCCCCGGCGCUCCUACCCCGGCCGGGCCUCUGUGCUGGGCCCCCUGAAGGCUUUGACGGCGCCCUCUUCCUAUCAGACGAGAGCCGUGGCCCCGAGGAUCCCCAUCAGGCCUCAGGCCUGUCUGUGAUGGUCCAGAAGGAGGCCGGCCGGGCUGGCGAAGGGGCCUGCAGGGUGACAGGAAGCCCCCGGGACUUGGGCAGGCGCCCCCACCCCUGUGGCUGGCCCAGUGCCUGCAGCACAGGGGGAGCCAGGGCCCGGCCCCCCGCUCACCCGAACUCCUACCGGCACUUCACUGCGCGCUACAAGGCCUCCUCGCCGGCCCAGGGCCUCUCCCUGCCCCCUGCUGGCGACGAGCGGCUGCGCCUGAAGGCCGUCGUGGGCUAUAACGGGAACGGGCGCGCCAACCUCGUCUGGAGGCCAGAUACCGGCUUCUUCGCCUACACGUGUGGCUGCCUGGUGGUGGUGGAGGACCUGCACUCGGGCGCCCAGCAGCACUGGCUCGGCCACCCCGAGGAGAUCUCCACGCUGGCCCUCAGCCACGAUGCCCAGGUCCUGGCCUCGGCCUCUGGCCGAAGCGGCGCUGCCUCCUGCUGCCAGAUCCGUCUCUGGGACAUUCCCCGGGGCUCCUGCCGGCAGCUCCUCUGUCACCACGACACCACGGUCCAGGCUCUGGCUUUCUCACCAGACGACAGGCUCCUGGUCACACUGGGGGGCUAUGGUGACGACACCCUGGCCCUAUGGAGCAUGGCCACCUGCGAGCUCGUGUCCUCCACACGCCUCCCAGAGCCGGUGCACGGUGUGGCCUUCAACCCCUGGGAUGCCGGCAAACUGACCUGCGUGGGCCGGGGUGUCCUCACCCUGCAGCUCCUGUGGGGGCGGGCAGGUGACAUCAGCCUCCAGGCCCACCAGGAGCCUGUCCCCGAGGAGGCGGGGGUCUGGGAGCUGAGCUCACUCUGCUACGGGGCCACACCCCUGCUCUACUGCGGCUCCAGUGAGGGCCAGGUGUGCGUGUGGGACAUGCGUGCCGACUGCUGCUUCCUUGCCUGGGAGGCAGAUGACGGCGAGAUCGGAGUGCUGCUGUGCUCAGGCACCUGGCUGGUCAGUGGCAGCAACACACGUCGGCUGCGCCUGUGGGACAUGGGGGCCGUGCCGGAGCUGCGGCGCCGGGGCUCGGGGGCCAGGUCCAGCUCUGUGUUCCUGGAGCGUGAACUGACCCUCGACGGGGCUGUCGUGAGCGCGGUCUUCCAUGACAGCAUGGACAUGGGUGUGGUGGGCACCACGGCAGGCACACUCUGGUACAUCAGCUGGGCCGAGGGCACCAGCACUCGCCUCAUCAGUGGCCACCGGAGCAAGGUGAAUGAAGUGGCCUUCAGCCCCGACGAGUCCCACUGUGCCACGUGCAGUGAUGACGGGAGCGUGAGGGUAUGGUGCGUGGCUAGCACGGAGCUGUUGAUCCAGUUCCAGGUGCUCAACCAGAGCUGCCUCUGCCUGGCUUGGAGCCCCUUGUCGUGCAGACGCCCGGAAGAGCAGUACGUGGCAGCAGGCUACAGCGACGGGGCACUGCGGAUCUUCAGCAUCCCGCGCACAGCCGUGGAGCUUAAGAUGUACCCGCACGUGGCUGCGAUCACAGCCCUCGCCUUCUCUGCUGAUGGUCAGACCAUCGUCUCUGGAGACAAGGACGGGCUCGUGGCCGUGAGCCACCCCUGCACGGGGAUGACCUUCCGGGUGCUGAGUGACCAUCGUGGCGCCCCCAUUUGCACCCUCCAGAGCACAAGGAAGGAGUGUGGAGACUUCGGGGCAGAGGGCACAGAUCUGUGGCUGGCCGCCAGCGGGGACCAGCGAGUCAGCGUCUGGGCCUCUGACUGGCUGCGCGACCACUGUGAGCUUGUGGAUUGGCUGAGCUUCCCAGCGCCCGGCCUCAAAGGGGUAAGCGUCCUGGCGGCCCCAUGGGCGCGGUGCCCCGGCUGCCCACCCUGCACUGUGCCUCCACAGGCCUCCGGCUGCUUGCCACCCUCGCUCGCUGCCUUCUGCCCCUGGGACCCGGCGCUGCUAGUGUGCACAGGCCUUGGUGUGCACCCCGAGGUGGUCUUCUACAGCCUCCGCCAGAAGCAGGUGGUGGAGAAGAUCCCACUGCCUUUCUUUGCUGUGUCCAUGAGUCUGUCCCCUGGGGCCCACCUCGUGGCCAUUGGCUUCUCUGAGCGCAUGGUGCGGCUGCUGGACCGCUCAUCGGGGGCCGUGCAGGACUUCGCGGGCCAUGACGACUCCGUGCAGCUGUGCAGGUUUGCCCCGUCGGCCAAACUGCUCUUCACGGCAGCCUACAGCGAGAUCUUGGUGUGGGAAGUGACAGGCUGCUGAGCCCUACCGCUCAGCUGGGCUCUUGGCCUGGGCAGAGGCUUCACUGAGAAGCUGGGUCGGCCCCGUGGGCUCUCCACUCUGUACCGGCGCCUCAGGAGCGUGUGUGAAGCAUCAGGAACCCGAACAUGUGUGAAGUACUCGGAGCCCCUCACCCUUGGGGUUUUGUUUCUGCCUUGUACAGUUCAAAUAAAUGUGCGUGUAGCGGUGAA